AUGGCAGAGCAACAGCAUUCAAGGUUGAGGGAGAAGUCUCUGAAGGGCAUUGGAAGUUGGUUUUUCGAAACCGAACAAUAUCAGAGGUGGUUAGACGGAGACUGCUUUACCUUGGUCUGCCCAGGUAUACCAGGCUCCGGUAAAACCAUGCUCGCUUCAGAAGUAGUGGAUCGACUCAAUGACAUAUCACGCAACCAGGAUUUCAAAGGAUCAAUAGGUGUUGCAUUUGCGUACCUCGAUGCGAAACUUGGCGAUGUCCCUUCAACUCUCAGGGUCAUGAAACAAUUACUAAGUCAACUCGUGGAGAACUGUCCAUGGUCAGACCGACUGCAGGAUACUGGACCCUGGAUAGAUAGUACUGAAGUAACUCUUGACGCUGUUACUGAAUUAGCCAACACGGUGGGAACAUUAUACACCCAGGUCUACAUAGUCAUAGAUGCCCUGGAUGAGCUCAAUUCGGCACAAAAAGGUACCGAUGAAGCAAUCGCAAGUCUUCAGGACCUACAAGAAAACUUCGGAGCGAAGCUGCUCUUCACUCUACGGAAUGUGCCUGAUGUUAUAGGGCAAAUUCGGGAAGACGGCCGCAUCGACAUACAAGCAGAGGAGGGGGACGUCUCCACAUUUGUGGACCGCGAACUACAAAAUAUCAAUAUCAGGCGGUUCGGAGAAAAGCUCCAUUCUCAAACGCUAAUGGACGAUUUGAAAAAAAGCUUGGUGCUACUUUCAAAGGACAUGUUUUCGUUAGCAGAGCAAUGCAUAGGUAAACUGGAUUCAUGGAAAGCAGUUAGAGCCUUUGUCAGCUCGCCCUCCGAGUCAUCCGCUCUGACAUCUUUUCAUAGUCGAGAAGCACGUCGAAUUAUGGAGCAGCGUGAAGACUAUGCGAAACUCGCAAGUCGAGUCCUUUCGCUGAUCUCGUUCGCGAAAAGGAAUUUGACUAUGCCAGAGAUGCAGCAGGCACUGGUUUUUGACAUUAGUGAUCAAAGCAAAGGCCUUGAUCCGCUGGAUACCCAUGAUGAAGGUGUAGCUAACGCCAUUAUCUCCUCGUGUCGGGGUUUGCUGAAAGUCGAAUCUAGAUCACAGGAGGUCAUUUGGGUACACGACUCAACUUCCGUGCUUGUAGGGCUUAACGCAUCGCGCUACUUCCAGCCAGACGCAUUGCAAGGCUUCCAUGGACAACUCCGUGCUCCAAGUUCUUUUGUCAAUAAGCUGCAAAACAUGUGUAUCGUAUGCUUAGCACAUUCCGAGUUAAAGUCUGGGCCGUGUCGCAGCGACAGGUUAUUAGAAAAGAGGCUUACAAGAUACCCAUUCUACAGAUACGCUUGCAAGUACUGGGCUCAGCAUAUCUUGCCCGUUGAAGACAAGAAUAAGGAGCUGCUUUGGCGGUUUCUCGAAAAUGACCAGAGCGUAGCUGCGGCCUACCAGGUUUUUCUCGCUACCCAGGAAAUGCCACGAGGUACCGGAUCUAGUCAGGUCGCUCCACAAGGCAUUACUGGCAUGCAUCUUGUUGCUCACUUCGGUCUUCAUGAGAUCCUGGACGAAUUGAUUGAGAGAAAAGUCGAUGAUGUCGCCGCAAAGGAUAGCAAUGGCCAUACUCCACUGUGGUGGGCAGCUAAGAGCGGGAUGAAGGAGACGGCUAAGAUCCUGAUACCCAGGGAUUAUGAGACAGUCAGCUCGCUCGUUAGAUUUGGAGACGUGGAUCUUGUACAGCUGCUCCUAGAUGCAAAAUAUGAUCUCAACCGAAGGGGAGCUUGGGGUAGAACUCUACUACACAACGCCAUCAUGGAAGACAAACCAAUCAUUGCUCACAAGCUUUUGGAAGAAGACGCCGAGUUUGAUCAGGCUGACAGCAAUGGAGACACACCCUUAGCACUCGCACUCCAGAAAGGCCAACGCCAGACGGCAGAUACUCUGCUUGACAUGGGUGCAUCUACCAAAAACACCACCGUGGAGCAGUGGCGGAACGCAUACGGCAAACCCCAAUGUAGUGUCAUGCAUAUCAUCAGAUCAGUGAGGAAGACUUCACUCAAGUUUCUAGAAGAGAACGCACUAGUUGAUAUUGGAGGUGUGGUACAAAGUCAAGCAAUGGAUUUAUUGUAA